CUGGGCUGACGCCAAAGGCCCGUCUAGUCCGGUCCCCUGUCUCCAACAGCAGCCGUUUCUGGCAAGAAAGACUAACAGAGUCAUAGAAACGUUUACGACUUAGCGGAUUGUUAAUUCUUAUCGGGACGCGCACGGUGCACAGCCAGAUGGUUUGUGCAGUAACCUGAUAUAACUCAGUCUUCCCCUUCACUGCAAACAUUAAGGGUAGGGCCUCUCAGUCCUGGUUGGGCAACCGCCUGUCUGCUUCCCAGACCGGUGAAGAAAGGUGAAGCUUAGGAGAGCUGGGCAGAGCAAUAACGUGGUUAGGCAGCUGCCUAAAGAAGCAAGAGCCACAGAGCUGCCCACACCCUCUCUGCGUGGGCACCGAGGACAGUGCUUUUACAGAUGUGGAAUCCCAGAUGUGCGAACCUGGGCCUCCGAAAAGGUGAGGAGGAGCCUUUGUGGACGGCCCGGUAACACGAAUGCACCUGAGAGAUGCCCGAGGGCCUCGGUGCAUCCUGUUGCGAGUGACUUGCCAAAGGCAGACCUGCUGCUUAGUCAGGGAGGGAACUGGUGUAAAUUCCAGCCCUCCUCCUGGUAUCCAAGCUAACCAGCUCCACCAGAGUUCACGCUUUUUUCUCAUUGCUGCGGCCGGCUAGCUUGCUUUUCCUCGAGCUGUCGCUUCCCAUUAUCGAGCCAGCAAACUUACCAGCACGCGGGGGAGAACGUGCUGGCCGCUGACGAAGGCGCCGUUGCCCAGGCUAGGGAGGCCCGUGUAUUUUGGCUGCCUGCUUUACCACGUUGCGAGCAGUCAUUUCCUGAGCUGCGGGUGAUGGUGAGCCCGUAGGAAGGCUCCUCCUGCCAAAGUCUUGAAUCCAACCGCGGUCCUUGCUGGAGGACUAGGUGCCCUCCGUCCAGGGAGCUUCUUGGGAUGUAAGGGAGGGAGGUAUCCCAUGCUCGUGCAGAUGCCCCAGGCGGCUGGCUUUUGUGAGGUCUCCCUUAUUGCAGGUACGUCAAGGUAUCCCGAGUGUCUUCUCUUUGUAAUGAACCACUGGAAUUUGAUGCGAUUACUUUAUUCCUGACAUCCAAAUCCAGCCUUUUCUUUCAGUAGCAGUGAAACGGUCACUCGAACGGCUUUAUUAACAGUCACUUGCCUACAAAAGACUCUUCUCACAGUUUUCGGGAUUUUUUUUUUUUUCUUUAAAAAGUCCUGGUGGAAACAUGAUGGAACUCGCUUAGGGCAGAUGCAUACCUAGAGUUGGAAAAAAGUCACUGUUUGUGUAAAGAAUAUGUUGUAUUGUUUCAUGCUUUGCACUUUUUCUUCGGUAAACCUGCUUACCGUGCUAUCUUCUCCGAGUGUAUUCCAUUUUCACAUUUAAAUACUCCUUCUGGGUGGCAGAUUGAUCUGUAAUCCACUGCAAGUAAAGAAUAUUUUCCUGCACGCUGUUCUGAUAGGAUGUGUCAAACACAGGGGCAGUUCAGCAUCUCGAUCUGAUGCUUCUGUCAUAGACACAGCGUGUCCUCAGAGAGAAGAAUAUGUUAUUCCAAGAAAUAUGACUUUAGAAAACGUCAGUUGUUGUAGGUGUUAUCUUGCAUUGCCUUGGUAAAAGCCAGGACGUGUUUUUUGGUGGUUGUUGUCUGUUCUGUUUUGUUUUGUUUUGUUUUCCUGUGGUGUUCUCUAUCUAUUCUAGAAGUACUGUCUAUGCACAGAUGACGGUAACGUUUUGGGAGAGGGAUUUGUGUCUAAAAAGUGGCAAGUAUCGAAGCAUUUCUGCCUGCGUGCAAAAAUAAGCCUGCCGGAUUUUUUCUUUACCUUCUUCCAGGUUUGUACAAAAAGUCUGGAAAACUUGUGUUCCUGGGCUUGGAUAAUGCAGGCAAAACCACUCUUCUGCACAUGCUCAAAGAUGACAGGCUGGGUCAGCAUGUCCCUACGCUACAUCCAACAUCGGAGGAGCUGACGAUUGCUGGAAUGACUUUUACGACUUUUGAUCUGGGUGGACAUGAACAAGCUCGCCGGGUCUGGAAGAACUACCUGCCGGCAAUUAACGGGAUUGUCUUCCUGGUGGACUGUGCGGAUCACUCGCGUCUUAUGGAAUCCAAAGUUGAGCUUAAUGCGCUAAUGACAGACGAAACAAUAUCCAAUGUGCCAAUCCUUAUCUUGGGUAACAAAAUUGACAGACCAGAGGCCAUCAGUGAGGAGAAGCUGCGGGAGAUCUUUGGGCUUUACGGACAGACCACAGGAAAGGGAAACGUGCCACUGAAAGACCUGAACACGCGUCCCAUGGAGGUGUUCAUGUGCAGCGUGCUGAAGAGGCAAGGCUAUGGCGAAGGUUUUCGUUGGCUAUCGCAGUAUAUUGACUGAUACUGGGACAGACCUAAGAGUUUUACUCCUCUGGACUGAUCCUGUUCGCAGCUUCCUAUGGACUUUUCUAUUAGAACGUGGAAGGCUUUCCAACCGCAUACUGGCAUUGACCAAGAGACUCCUGGUUUUCAGCUACUCCAUUGCACAGUGGUGACACAACUCUUUUCCACAUGACUGGGAGACAGCACAAUUCUGCACCUGGGUGCAAGUUGUCCCUUUCAGUUGCCACGGUUUCCUAUGGAAACCGUGGCUUUCGGUUACAACGGGGCUGGUGUGAUCUGGGAAGUAAAACUCUGCACACUGCACUGUAACAGCUGAGAAAGAGAGCACGUCUCACCACUGUGGUUAAUUGACUCAAAGGAGAACAAAACAAAACAAAGAAGCAAUUAUAUUUUUUAAAGAAAGUGUUAAUGUAAGCAGCGUCCCUUCUAACUUUUUAGUUUAACACUCAUCUUGUUUAGUCCAGAGUCUGUUUAGGGUUUUUUAAAAAUAUAUUUAACGGUAUUUAGAUAUUUCGCAAAUUACUGAACAAAGUAUCAUGAUAUUAGAAGUCCUCAAUAAACAUAGAUUUGGGCUUAACUCAUCUAUAGGAUGGUUGUGCUGUGUCACACUGGCUGAUGGUGAAGAGGGUGCUGUUGGGACUGACUUGUGCAAUCAAGCUUCUUUACUUCACAGGGAUUUUUAGUUGGAAAAGAGCACCCGCGAGCACAUCUGUUGGCUGUUGCCUCACAGUUGUAGGUGUUUGAACGUGGUUACCGGCCUCUGGUCCCCGGAGCGGCGAGCCUGUGGCACGGGCCCCGUGAGCGCGUCCUCUGGCUUCCCAGCAGCGGUCUGCAGCGGCGGGCCGAGCGCGCCGGGCUGUCGGUCGGGAAAGCGGAAUCUUCUUACUGCAGGGCUCCGCUGUGCUGUAACAGUAAGAAAUCAUGAAGCUGUUUUCGGUUGUUGUAGCGUGGAAGUGUUUGACAUGUGCAUAUCAUAAGGUUAUGAACGUAGACUAAACCGGUUUCUUUUAUACUCGACAGAUUUUUGUCUGAAGUUUCAUUACUGUCUAGCACUCAUUUUCAGUUAAAUAAAGACAUGUCUUUCUCCUCCGAA